CACCUAUAAUCACGAGGUCCGACAAGGAAGCGUUUGCUGCUGUCCCGAGGAUCUUGUUAUUGCUUUGAAAAGCCGAUUAUUCUCACUAUUUGCAGACAAAAACAAACGACAAAUUGCUUUUCUUUUAUAAUCGUCUUGGUAACUUCGGGAACUACAGUAUCUUUGCUUUAGGCUUCGAUAUAGUCGCUCCAAUAUGUCUUCUGAGGAGUUUGAAAAGCUGCAUGAGAUGUACAGUUCUCUGUAUGACGAAGUGAAGUUGAUGCCUGAACGAGCGCAGAGGUGCCAGGGAGAGGAAAGGAAGAGAAUUGUCAGAGACUUUGAUGAGCGUGUUUCAGAAACUGAAGAAGUGCUUCAGGGCAUGGAACAGGAGCUGUUUGGUGCUCCGUCAUCCUUCCGAACCCCCAUGUCAACAAAGAUUCGACUGUACCGCCGAGAUCUGGGCAAACUGCAGAGAGAUAUACGCCUCGCAGCAACACCAGGGUUUUCUAGUCACAUCGGAGAUGGCAGACAAGGGCUAUAUACCGCUCAGAAUGACCAGAGUACUCAUCUGCAGUCUCAGCGUGCUUUGCUUAUCCAGGGGACAGAGUCUCUAAAUAAUGCGUCAAAGAGUAUUGAGCGAAGUCAACGGAUUGCGGCAGAGACAGACCAGAUUGGCACAGACAUCAUCGAGGAGCUCGGAGAACAGAGAGAACAACUGGACCGCACCAGAGACCGAUUGGUUCACACUGGCGAGAACCUGAGCCGGAGCAGGAAAAUCCUGCGCGCAAUGUCCAGACGACUUGUGACAAACAAAUUGCUGCUAUCAGUCAUUAUCAUCAUGGAACUGGCCAUCUUGGCAGGGGUGGUGUACUUGAAGUUCUUUCGCAAGUAGGCAACGAGACACAUAAGACUGCAUAAGACUUCACCUUUCCCUCUUCUUGUUUCUAAAGAUCACGGGUGUCUGGCCCAGUAACAGUGUGCUGGAUGCUUUUGUGACUCUGAGUGUCACAUGGACAUGUAUGGGUGGUUAUUUUAAGCGCUAAACUGUAUUAGCGUAAGUACUGCUCUCAGGGUGAAACGAAGAUGGUGACCAUGUCCCAUUCAGACUGCUGGAGGAUAAGGACCUGUACACAGAUCGCCUGAUGGGGUUACUCCCUUAUUAGCUGUCUUGAACAAGGUGGAUGUAUGGAUGGACGGUGUAAACGGAAGGAUUUAGCGAAAGGAGUGACAAAUAAUAUAUAUAUGCAACCUGUCUGCGUUUGUAAACACAUCAAUCAUUUUAAAGUGAUGGAUCACUUAAAAAUGACUAUUCUGUCAUUAUUUACACACAACAAUACCAUUCCAAAGCUUUUCAUUAUUCAUACAGUGAAAGUCAAAGUGGUCCAAAACAGUACUGGACCCUGCUGACUUUCAUUGUAUGAACAAAAAUGAAUUCCUCUUAAUUUCUGGGCUGGGAAUGAGUAGAUCAUGACAGAUUUUCAUUUCUGAGUGAACUGUCCCUUUAAGUAAUACUGAACUUUUAACAAAAUGAUCUCGAUAGAAUUACAUUGUGUAAUUACAUUGUGUACAUUGUGUAAAGACUUUUCUGUGACAAGUGUUAACGUGGCAUUAAAGGUAACAGCUCUUAGGUUUCAUUCUAGAAAAUGGGUGUGUUUUCCUUUAGCUUUCCCUCCAAUCAGUCAAAACAGACCUGAGUGUACUCCAGGCCGAGAGAAAGACAGCUAUAAACAUGCACGUCACUUGCUUCACAAGCCCUGGUUGGAAGAGGAAGGGGUGUGUUUAGCCUGUCAGAUACGGGGGUAGAGAUACUGUAAACAUGACUGAGAAUAAAGUGACACCAACACCUGCUAUAGUGGAAAUACCGGUGUCCAGGGCUGGUGGGUCACCUUGACAUACUGACGUUUUGCCAGCUGACUGAUGCAUUUCUAGUCUUGUCAGGGCAAACAACAGAAGUAUCAGUGGAGAGCAGUCAUAAGCAGUUGUAUGUUUGUGAUCGAUCUGUGGUGUACACACCUGUUAUACAUUGUUUAUAAUCUGCAUCACAUUCUUUUUAAGUUAUGCUGCCAUUAUGGUAUUAUAUGUGGGGAGCAGCAUCAGUUGACUUCAGUUAUUAAUUUAUUUUUAUUAUUUAUUAGUGUCACUUACCAAUAAAUUACAAGUGAAUGUUACUGUUAAUUAUACUUAGGUUGAAUUAUUUGGUCAAUUAAGCUUUAGUAAUAGUAAUAAAUUAGUUUACUAAUCAAGUUGGUAAACCUAGGUGCGUCUAAAAUGAAAAUGUUUUCACAUUGUCUUUUAGGUGUAGCCUUCCAAUGAAGUGAGUGUUAAAUUAAGAUUAAUCUCUGAUCUAAACGCUUGUUUUGUCAUACAAUUACUAAAUUAAAUGAUUAAUCAAAUGUGAAAGUUGCAAAACAUAAAAAAAAGUCCAGAGCACUGUUAUAAGGUCUGCAUAUCUUCCAAUGACCUAUUUUGUUAAUACCUAAAUUAAUUUCAAUCCUUUUUUUAUAUUAAUAAAUUAUUACUUAGCCUGAUUAAGAACCGCUGAUCAAACUUGGUUUUAGAAUUUGCCAUUUUUAGUGUUUGCUAAAACAAAUAACCAAAUAUAACUUGUCAUUCUAAACAGAUAUAUAAACAUAAUUUUAUUAUAUUCCUUAAAUCUGUCUGAUUCAUUGUGAAACAUAGUUACAGGCUUAAAGUAUUGGGGGACCAGGUAUGCUAUUUCAUUUGGAGACUGAUAUACUGAUUUAUAUGAGGGGCCUAAUAGAAGAUAGUGUCCUUAUAAAUUCAACAAAAAAGAAAAGUAAAUAAAUUAAUGUAAUAACCUAAUGGUUUUCUUUUUCCUCAAGUGACUCAAACUCUUCUGUAGCAUGUUGUCCAUGUAUAGGCCAACAGAAAAACAGCAAAAGAGGUUGGUUAUUUCAGAUCUGUGAUUUCUGAAAUAUUUCACCUUUACAGUGUCACUAACUCAUUUAAGUUCCCCAAAUGUUCAGGUCAUCCAAAAAAAACAAAUACACCAGAGGAUAAUGUGAAUGUCAUAAGGAAUCGGUUCAACACUGCAGCUGGAAUUGCUCAUCAGUUCAGUGCUGAACAGAGUAAGGAUCUGGCUCGGCGUACAGAAACUUUGGACUGAAAACCCACUCUUCAGGUACCAAACCUUUCUUUAGCAGAAAUAAUCAAAAGGAUAGGUUAACCUAAAGAGCAUACAGUGUGGACAGAGGAUAAUUGAUCCAAAGUUCACUUCAGUGAUGAAAGCGAGUUUAAUUUAUUUGGGUCUGAUUAUAAACGUGUCACGCAGUGUCAAACUGGGGAAAGAAGUCAGUAAAGGUGGAGGAGGAAGGGUUUUCUCCAGCAGGAUUAGGGAAAAGUUUGGGCAAGGUCACAAACCAGUCAGCCUGCAGUUUUUAUGUAGGGCAAUGCCCUGUCACAGCAAAAUGGUAAAGCAGUUAAUUGAAGCUGAAAAUACCGAAAUAACGAAACGGGCAGCCUAGGUUCCUGAUCUAAACCCAACUAAAAAUCUCUUGAAUAUCCUUGGUAGAAAAAAGCUGCAAAGAAAACCCACUAGUCACCGAACCGAAAAGAAAAAGGGUGGACAAAGAUCGCACCAGAACAGUGUGAGAAACUAGUCCUGUGGCCACCGAUGUGUUGAAGUCAUUCUACGCAAGAGUCUCUUCCUAAUUUUUGACUGCUAGUUGUAAUUUUUCUUCAUGCUAGUGGUUAAUUGUCUCAGUGGUGUAGGGUUUUUGUUGAAAUGCACAUAAAGAAGCUGGUGGAUGUACAUUAACUGCUACAUUCAAUAACUUAAUUUUGAUGUCUGAAAUAUGUUAUUAAAACUUUUUUUAUACAUUUCAUAUAAAUGUUUCUGUGAAAUGGAUAUGAACUAACAAACAAAAAGGUAUGGAUUAUAAUUGAAUAUUAUUUUAGGUUUAAGAAUAUUUGUGAAUCUUUUCAUUUGAUGUGUUCAUUAGUCAGUCUGAUAUAAAUCAAAAAUGAGUCAGUCUGUCUCCAGUAUAUUUGUUUAUUGCAACAAAACAUUUUUACUGAAACAGAAAAAUGUGACAAAUUAAUGUAUCCUUCCCCAAGAAUAUACUGGUACUGCUGGUAAAUUCAGAUCUGAAAGAGUGUACAAAAUGUAUUUGUACAUGAUUUUUCAAAAGGUUUAUUUAAAUAGACAUGAAAAUUACUAAAAUAACUUACUUCAAAUGAGCUAUUUAAAAAAAGAUCACUCGGUUCCAACCUAACUAAAACUGUAGGAUUAAAUUAGCCAUUAAAAGCAGUCCCACUAUACAAAAAACAAACAUAGAAAUACAAUAAAAACCAGUUCUGGUCCAAAAGUGCAAACAUGUUCCAAAUUAAAGGAAAAUCAUUCAGUCCACCACAGUAAAGAGUCACCUCAGCUUGCAAAAAUAUGUUAAGCACAUUUGCUUUUAGAUCACUUUUUCCCCGCAGUAAAUCCCAGAAUGAUCAGGGUUACCCACUAAUCCCUUAACAGCUGACAAAUGUUAAAAAUAUUUAUGUUUCUGCUACAUUAGUCCUCAAACAGAGAAUCCAGAUCUCAGCUCUUUUUUUUAGCCAAAGCAAAAUUAGUGGUAGGCAUAUUAAAAUAAAUCUCGCUCAUGUGCUUAUAGCAGCACUUCACCAGUGAGGUGACCAUUUUUUUUUUUUGACCAAGACUACAGUAAACUU